CGUAAUCGUCCUCAUAGCUAAUAACGGAAAUGCUCUGCAGUUCAGUUCACAGCCAAAAGCAGUCGCGUAUAGACGAGCAGAGUCGCGGGUGUUCUGUUUCCGAAUAUAGUUGUAUAUCACCGAUACAUGUGUGUCGCUCAAUCGAAUGUUUUGACAUGAAGAUGAUUUAAGGAUUGGGUACAAUUUGAGUACAUUUCGAGAAAGCACUUUCGUUCACUCGAAAUGUUAUUCUAUUGAAAAAUCAACCCAUAUUGUGAUAAGAUAAGGAAACGCAAUUUCACGAUUGCAGUUCAUCGUUCAAUAUAAGAGCAAGAAAACAAAUAAUUUUGCGAGUGAAUUUCAUUGAUACAUCAAUCGCUGCUAGUAGUGGUCAAUUAUAGCAAAAAUGAGUGGUGCCAAAACGAAGAUAUUGCAGAAGUUAUCCGCGCACAGCAGUGAUGUGACAUCCGUUGAUUUCUUCGGGAACUCAUUGCUUGCCACAGGGUCAAGCGAUAAAACAGUGCGAGUUUGGCGUUGGACUGCGGGCAGCGGUUUCUGCGAGGAACCAUUUUCUCCUCUUUUGGGGCACAAGUAUGGAGUAACUUGCGUACGCGUAUCCCCUAAGGGUGCUGUUUUGGCAUCGGCUUCAGUGGAUGGCACCGUGAUUUUGUGGAAUCUGGCCACUGGAGAAGAAACAAACGUGCUAGUGCAAGAAUCGAUUGAAUCGAUUCGUGCGUGUAUAUUCAGUCCAAACGGAGAGUGGAUCGUUAGCUCUGAUGACAGUGGAUCCAUAUGCGUCUGGGGACAGAACAAGAGUCUUAAAAGGCAUAUGAGAAUUCAUGACGAAGCAAUUCACACCAUCGCUUUCUCGAGCGACUCGAGUAUUCUACUGACUGCAUGUACUCUCGGCAAUAUUCGAUUUUUCGCAGUUGGAGAUGAUUUUGAAGCGGAUCUAACGAAAGCUGACUGUUCAAUAGAUGCCGCCCAUGAUAUGGGUGUUCUUGCCGCUGAUUUUUGUAAAAUAAUCAACAUCGAUCCUGCCGACAACUGCUCAGUAAUAUACACCGUUGCAACCUGUGGGACUGAUCACUUGAUAAAAAUUUGGCGCUUAUUUUACAUUCCAUCGAAUGUGAACAGGAGCAAAAUAUCACGUCUAAUCCCAUCGACACCACAGGAGCAUUUUGCGGGCCAAUCGACAAUCUACAGUACCGAAGUGAUGAACGCAACUUGCGUUCAAUCAAUAUCAGCCCAUGGCAGCUCGGUGACAUGCGUCAGGUUCAACAGCAUCGGAACGCUGCUGAUAUCAAGUAGUCUUGAUAAGAAAUUAAAAAUUUGGAACCAGCAGGGAGAAUGCUUGAAGACACUAUCGGAGCACUCGCGAUAUGUCAACUGUUUGGCUAUCAACUCUGAUUCAUCUGUUAUUGCCUCGGGCUCGAAUGAUCGUUCGGUGGUCAUAUGGGAUUUAACCAAUAACUUUACAAUCGAUUCGCAUAUCACCGGCAUCCGGUCGCUGCUGUUCACGCUGGCUACCAAAGUGUCCGACGUUCCACCCGAGUUUAUCUGCCCAAUUACACACGAAAUUAUGAAAGAUCCAGUCUAUUCGGAAGAUGGAUUUACGUAUGAGCGCACUGCAAUCCAGGAGUGGUUCAAUCGCGGCAAGUUCAUAUCUCCAAUGACGAACAUGGAAAUGUCCGAUGAGUUAGUAGCAAAUGGUAAACUUAAACAGAAAAUUGAAGAAUACCUCAAGACGUUGGAUAUGGACAGCUUCGAAUGAGUUUUUUGCACAUUUUCUAAAAACGCUGUAUGACACGACGGAUUUGAAAUGAUGAUGUACAAUGUAGCAGCAGGAGUAGUGUAGCUUUAGAUGUAGAAGCAUGUUGAUACAGACAGCAACUUUGUUUAUUCAUCUAGAUGUUGUCGCCUUUAUCCACAAUGAUGCGGAGAACAGUGAGGUGCAAGUGUUUUAUGAAGGUAUUGCUAAGAGUUUUGGCCCACACCACAGCCUGAAUGUGCGAUAACAGAAGCGCAAUGAUGAUGACGAACGAUGACAGCACUCGCGAUGACAAGUGAGAUGUGAAAAAUGUGUGUUACAUUCAAAAAUCAAUCAAGUGCCUAAAUAUUCAACAAUAUUACUAAACAAACCCAUAGAACUUAUCGUUGUUUGCGUCACUUUCUUGUUGUGAGAUUUGUUCACGAUAAAUAUACAUACUGGUUUGUA